CAGGAAACAAAGACACGAAAUUCGCCAGGCCAAUUAAUUCCAAGACCAACAACCAACCACAACCCGUUGGCAUCCAACCAGUCACUUACCUACCUACCUACCUACCUUAGGUAACCACCUAGGUAAUUAACUGUCCUCGAUGCAGCCCUCCGAGGGUGUGGGUUCCAUCAUUACGGCCAAUACUGGCGAUAGUGAGGGGCCCGCUGGUACCUCGGGCCAAGGGUUUACUUUAGCAAAAGACGCGACUUCAAGUGGAAACCAAGCUCUGGAAUUGGAUUCCCGCAGUGCCACUCAUCAUCAAAAAGUCAUCCGGAAGCGGCGAAGGAUUCCACGAGCAUGCGACGACUGCCGACGAAAGAAGAUAAAAUGCGACGGAAAGCAACCAUGCACAAGCUGUGCAGAAUUCAGCUCCGGAUGCACAUAUAAUGCUCAAGUCAUUCGUCCAGGUCCCGCCAAACAGGAGGAGUUGGAAAAAAGGCUCCUGGCCGCCGAAUCCAUCAUUCGUCGCUAUCUGCCUCAGGUCGAUCUGGCAAAUUUGGGCAAUGUGUCGCCCAUGAUUGGACCCGAGCAGGCGCGCGCUCAAUCUGCCAGCGCCGAUGAUGCCGCAGAUGGUCCUCGCUUUAUUCCCUUGGUUGGAAGUGCCGACCAACUCGACUUCACCGAUUCAGGGGAAUACCAAUUUCACGGCAUCUCUUCGGGCGCUGCCUUUUUGAGUCGCAUCUACCAGCAUCUUCCAGGCCUCCUGAGGCAAGACUUUCAGAUGCCGUUUCUGCCGCGGCCCAGUCGUCCGUUUGAUGCGAGACCUCUGGAACUACCAGUGUACUCGACCAACCCCUGGAGGCAGGCAAAUCAUGACUAUUCUCAGCUACCUCCGCGUGAUCUCGCCCGCUCCCUUUGCGAAUGUGCGCUCAACUGGGGCUCGUGCCUCCUCAGAGUUGUUCACGCGCCUACAUUCUGGAUCAUGGUCGAUACGCUCUACAAAGAGCCCACGCAGCUUGACACGAGCCAGCAACGGCGAUCUGUUGGCCUGCUAUUUGCAGUCAUGGCUUUGGGAUCCAUGUAUGAUGUCGACGAGAACGAUCCCAAGAACCCAGAUCACUAUGCCGUCGCCAUAGAACGAGGUCACAAAUAUUACACCUCGGCAAGGCUUUUCUUGCAGGAUAUAACCGAGUGCUCCGACAUGAUCACUCUGCAAGCUAUGGUCUUCCUAAUCCAGUUUCUGCAGGCGACCGGCAACCUCAAUGGCUGCGAUACCUUAAUAGGCAUCGCCCUACGCUCCGCCUUGCGCAUGGGUCUUCACAGAAAUUUGCCUCACAUACCUAUGUCACCCAUCAAGGACGAGACAAGGAGGCGGGUUUUCUACACGAUACGGCAGAUGGAGAUCUAUUUGUCGACUACCCUUGGGCUACCCAUCAUGCUGCAGAGCGGAGAUGUCGACCAGCUUUGGCCCACCGAAGUAGACGACGAAUACAUUCUAGAAGACGGGAUCAGGGCCCCUCCGCCAGGCACGCCUUCAUUUUUUGAGGCCUUCAACGCCCACCUGAAACUGAUGCGGAUGCUUGCCCGCGUCGUGGAGCAUCUCUACCCACCGAAAGAGACGAAUAAAGGGCCCGCCGAUGUCACUUAUAUGAUCAGCUACGCCAGGGUCCGGGAGAUGGAACAGGCCCUUCACGACUGGCACGAAGAACUAGCAGAAACCUGGCGUCCCGGAUCUGAAGAAAAUACAGAAAUCAGUCGACCAUUUUUGCAAUACUAUUCACGGCGGGCAUCAGCAAACGAGACGGCCAAUGAGCGCUGCUUCGCCCUUGCCACCGCCGGGAUCAACGUAUGCCGAAACAUCAUCCACCUUGGGCUUGAAAUUCGACGCCAGGCAGUUCUGGUGGGCCCAUACUGGUUCAUCACAAACACUCAAUUCUUUGCCAUCCUGGCCCUGGUCUCAUAUGUACUGUACAACCAUGAUAAGCCCGAGGCACCCAAGCUGUUUGCCGAGGCGAGGUUGGGAAAGGAGUGCAUAUCGGACUUAGCUCAACGGAGUCUGGCUGCCGAUCGGGUUACUGCCGCUCUGAAUUCACUUUUUGACAAACUCCCAGACCGGCUAUGGAGAACCGACGGCCAAGCGUCAACAAACAACUCAGAUUUCGACUCGAACGCCCGGCCUCCUCAAACCGACAACAUCAGCCCCCCUGAGCAGGCCAAUGUGCAGACAGCAGCCUCGGUGGAAAAAGGCCCUGGUAGGAGCUGCUCUGCUAUCCAUGAGGAUGAACCAGCCACACAUCUUGACGCUUCGAUCCAGAGCCAAGAACAGCAGCUGGCGCCUGAGAACUUGAUGGACUUUCACCUGGAGAAUCCGUUUGCGUACCCUCUUUUUGCAGGAGACAGGCCGGAAGAUGAUGGAUUUUCCUUGUUGGAAGAAGAUGGACUCCAGCUGCCAUUUUUCGAUCUGCACACGGAUCCGGCGGGCCAGCUCCUGCAACCUCAAGAUCUGCUGUUUGGCAUGUCUACAGAUCAAAAUGAUCCUCUGUUUCCGUUUCUAUGAGGGCUUGCACGAUAUAGGGUGGAAAUAGUUUUUUAUCAUUUUACUCACGAGUAGUGUGGCAUGACACUCUUUUGAAAUAAGAACCUUUGAAGAGAUGGAUAUAUCUUGUUUGUAAUGUUGCAGGUGUGGGUAUAUGAAAACAGGACUUAGAUAUACAAGACGCACCACUUAUUCUCAGUAUUGCAUUUUAGAGGGAAAAGCCAAGGGUCAGGUAACAAUGUGAAGCUACUUGUCAUGCAACCCACGACCAGCUUCACAAACCUGGAUAGAACAACCCCACUCCGAUCUGAGGAACUGCGAUGCAGUAAGCCUCCUGGAUGGCACAGGGUCGAGCAUGGAGUAGACGACGUUGCGACAUUCGUCCUAGAACAAGGCCUCCAACGGCGCAUAACCCUCUUCCAACCGCCUACCGAGGACAUAUCUGGUGUAGCACUCAUCGUUGUCCAUGGCGGCGUACCAGAGAUGGCGAAACAGCCGCAUGAACAUGUAAAUGACGCCGCAUGCCCAAA